AUGGACGAUACUUUGGGAUUUGAAGAAAGCAGCAAGAAGUCUUCUACGGAAUGGCAAUUAGGUGUCCAGAGCAAUAUAUCGCUGGCUGCUAGUUCGAAUACGCAGCCAAUCCAUCAAGAUCUAUAUGUGAUACCACAGAAUGAGGAAAAUUCACUCAGGCCGACGAUUGACGCGUCUUGGAUAGAAAAUCUGUCGUUUUACCGUUGUUACACGUCCACUGUGAGCAAAAUUGAAUUACUAUGCAUGCAACAGAACAGUGUGAACAGAUUUUUCUGGUUUUAUAUAUUCAACGUGCUAUGCAAAAGCUUACCAAUGGCCUACGUUCACAUUUUUCUAAGUACAUACGCUCCGGAUCAUCAUUUUUUUCUUCCGAAAAUGGUGCCAAUAUGCUAUGGGCUUAACGUAAUAUUUGUGAUUACUGGCAUUUUCGAAAUAUUCAUUUUACUAAAUAAUACGUCCCUCUACAUACUUUUCAUAGUAGCCGGUCUGAUGAACAAGAUGCCGUGGAACAGAUGUUUGAAUACGACUAUGGAGUUUGAUGGCGGUAUAUUCACUUGUUACAAUUUAUCAGAAUUCGCAAAGAAAGUGAGAGAUACAAACAUAACAUACGAAGGAUACUACUACGCUACCUCGUCGAAGGAAAAUAUAUCGUUCGCUCAAAUUGAGUACUUUGAUUAUUUCCUUAACACCGUGACUGAGGGCCAGCACCAUCAACAAUUCAUAUUAAUGGCUGCCAUGUGGAUUUUUGUAGGGCUUAGCUACAACUAUCUCUUUAAAAAUCUCGUUUGGAAGGUAUUGCACUAUACACACUUAGCACUCAUAAGUAUGUUCAUAAUGAUAUUUAUACACUUAGUAAUAGUAUAUGAAGACUCAGAAAUUCAAAUAGUCGAAACCCAUGAUGAAGAUCAUCGAAGGUAUUUAAUGAACGCUGAUUUUGACUUGUUGGCAGAGUCCAUGACAGCGCCUCCGAUAGCUCAUAUUGUAAGCGCUAGAAGCACGACUGAGAUUAAGCCAAGUCGAAACAGCGCUAUUAUAAUAACAUCAAAUGCCGCUUAUUAUUUAUUUCGAGCUCUGACGACGUACUUGAUGAAAAAGUACUGUGAAAAUCAUAUAAAAGCUACGAUUAUUUACUGGAAUUAUGGUAGUGGUUCAAUCUUUUAUUUCUGGCCAAUGUACUUCGCAACAUUAUACUUGGGAGAUUUUUUCGUCAUAAUUUUCUUUGCUCUUAACGGCAUCGUGGAUAGCUGUACAUUUUUUAUUACUUUUCGUUGUUUCGUAGAAGCUAUUGUGUGUGAAUGGACGUGGAUUAAGCCCUGGUGUGUGAUAGUCGCUACAUGGGCAGUUGCUCUUUACGAAUUCUGUGAAACUGACGGGACUUUUUCAGAAAAUUCCUUCAUAUUUUGGACUGCCACGUCAACCUUGGCGGAAGUGAUCGUACUGUUUUGGGUAUAUCCGAUGGGUCGGUUGAUAGAUGAUAUCACAUUUCACUAUGGAAUGUUUCCAACAAAAUUAAGAGUUUGGAGUUUCAUGAUAGUACCAGUAUUUUAUUUAAUAAAAACAUAUGUUAUCAUAAGUAGGUUUAACAUUGUUCGAAAUGAAAAUGACAAUUUCAGGUCACAACACAACACGAGAUCGACAUUCUUGUAUCAAUUGAUAUUGUUUUCUGUGUUUGCAAUGUACGCUUUUUACCAUAUCACUAUCAAACAAAAUAAGAGUUGGACUUAUUUAUUUAAACCAGCACCGGAAUGGGGCCCAAAAGAUUUCAAUAGUCGACAGCUUAGGAAACAAUUUGAUACUCGUGAGUACAUAGGUUCGCAAGCACCGAGACCUUUGAGCAGAUUCUUAAUAAGUAAAGCAGAAUUGAAAUCAUACAAACUGGAUAUUCCUUACGAACCUGUCAUUCGUCGGACCGAGGUACAAAAUGAAAAUGAAAAAUUGUGA